UGUAAGCAUUGCAUUGGCUGCAGUGUUGGAAGAGUGUGCGAGUGAGAGUGUGUGUGCUUGUCUGAGAAAAGCCUAAUGCAACUGGUGCCGACCGUGACAGUCAUCCGGUCCACGGCGGAGACUUUGCUCAGCUCUGCUUGGACCAGACGGAGGUAAAGUUUAUCACUGCUUAUUUGAGCAUCUGCUCAGUCAAUCCAGCCUGAGGACUGAGGAGAGGAUAGAGGACGACAAUUUCAGCCUCGCUCAGGACAAGAAUUGAUGAGUACCUGUCACUGGAUUUGGAUUAGAGCAUCGCGAGAAGUCUGAGCAAAGGGAUUCAAGUUUAUCAAGGAAGGAUCAGUUUGCUGCGAUGGAGGACCAGUGCGUGUCCCCCCAGCGCAGCAGCGGUCAGACCAUCUCGGAGGUCCAGAGGCCCGGAAGGCAGAACGUCAUCAGGUGUGGCUGGCUCAGAAAGCAAGGUGGUUUUGUCAAGACCUGGCACAGCCGCUGGUUUGUGUUGCGCGGGGACCUGCUCUUGUAUUACAAAGACGAGGAGGAGACCAAAGCUCUGGGAACCAUCUUAUUACAAGGAAACAAAGUCACAGAGCAUCCGACCAGCGGCGAUGAGGGAGGAAAAUACCUUUUUGAGGUCAUUCCAGGGGGCGACAGAGAGCGGAUGACAACCAACCAUGAGACUUACCUUCUUAUGGCCAGCACCCAGAAUGACAUGGAGGAUUGGGUGAAGACCAUCCGCAGGGUUAUAUGGGCCCCUUUCGGUGGAGGGAUCUUUGGCCAGAAGCUGGAGGAGACGGUGCGGUAUGAGAGGCGGUUCGGGAACAAGCUUGCACCAAUGCUGGUGGAGCAGUGUGUGGACUUCAUCCGUCAGUGGGGCCUCCGAGAGGAGGGUCUCUUCCGGCUGCCGGGUCAGGCCAACCUGGUCAAAGAGCUCCAGGAUGCCUUUGAUUGUGGGGAAAAGCCCUCUUUUGACUGUAACACAGAUGUCCACACGGUGGCGUCACUGUUGAAGCUGUACCUCAGAGAGCUGCCUGAGCCGGUCAUCCCCUUCCAUAAGUAUGAGGAGUUCCUGGCCUGCACCAAACUGCUGGGAAAGGACGAUGAAGCGGGCAUAAAGGAGCUGAAGAUGCUGGUUGCGAGUCUACCUCCAGUUAACUACAACCUUCUCAAGUACAUAUGCAGAUUUCUUGAUGAAGUGCAGUCGUAUUCAGGAGUGAACAAAAUGAGCGUCCAGAACUUGGCCACAGUGUUUGGGCCAAACAUCCUGAGGUCAAAGAUUGAGGAUCCGGUUGCGAUCAUGGAAGGUACUGUUCUGGUGCAGCAGCUCAUGGCUGUGUUGAUCGGUCAACAUGAUGUCCUCUUCCCUCGAGAUGAGGUGAACUGUACGGCCCUGGAGCUCGUAAACAAUAACAUCGAGUCACCGCGGCGACAGGCCACGACGACUACCUCAGCCGUCACCACUGCAUCACAGAAUGUGGAGAACAACAACACUCACAUGGUGCGGCAGUGUGUGUGGGAAACCCCUGAUUCUCCAUCACACCGGCAAAAAGACGACAACAGUGGCUCGCCACGAUCAGCCAGCCCUCGGAAUAGCGUGAUCGGUCGCUUCGACAUGACGCGGAGUCCGCCGCUGACUGUCAAGAAGAACCCUGCGUUCACUAAAGGAAGUGGGAUUGUCACCAAUGGCUCCUUUAGCUCCUCGUCUCCUUGCUCGGACACCAACCAAGACAAAAUGCAAACUCUGACUGGAGGUGGCAGCCUACCAGUGCGUCGAAGCGGGGCACUCAAAGGCACCGGGACAAAAAUGGGUACGAGUGGCGUGACGGGGGGAAGCAGCACUUUAGGGAACGGGGGUGUGCGAAUGGGAAUUUCAGGCACUGAUGCAGUCACUGGGAGUCUGAACGGACGCAACAGCCUUUGGGUACCCAACGGACCUGUCACAUUACGGGAGAACAAUAAAGCCCGUGCCUGUUCUAACGCGGAUCAACCCUUGAAUCAGAAUCGUCUGUCCACCUACGACAAUGUCCACCUGAACCACCAGAACCUGCACAACCACAACCACAUCAGCAGCACAUGUCUGAACAACAGCUGUGAAGACAAGCAGAGCGUGGACAGCGCCACGUGGUCCACUUCCUCCUGUGAGAUCUCCCUUCCCGACAACUCCACUUCCUGUCGUUCCUCCACGACCACCUGCCCAGAGCAGGACUUUUACGCGGGUCACUAUGAUGACUUGGACGAUCAAACUCCAGAUCAUGAGUCUGUUCAGACUGGGGCAGUAGAGCGUGAAGUAGGGAGCGGCAGCAGGGACACAGGUGGAGACGCAGCAGGGAGGAGUAGUCGGGACGACACCAGCAGCAGCGACAACCACACCGGGUUCAGUGCUGUGAACGGCUCCAGCAGCCACAGCGCCCUGCACAGUCUGGUGGCCAGUCUAAAGCAGGAGAUGCACAAACAGAAGUCAGAGUACGAGUCCAGGAUCAAAAGCUUGGAGCAGCGCAACCUGGAUCUGGAGUCGGAGAUGGUGAGUCUCCACGAGGAGCUGGACCAGGAGAGGAAGAAGUACACCAUGGCAGAGAUCAAACUACGCAACGCUGAAAGAGCCAAAGACGACGCAGAGCGCCGCAACCAGAUGCUGCAGAAAGAGAUGGAACAGUUCUUCUCCACGUUCAGUGACCUUACGGCGACAGGCACCGCAGCCGACCCCAGACGGCCUGAUCGCAACAAUGCCAUCUGGAUCCAGUGAAGAAAAUGAUUCUAUAAAUAUUGUUAAGGCUCCCAACAGGAUUUGGCAGCUGGUUGUACAAAGAAAGAUAAGAAAGGUUAAUGUUUUAAUCUAAUAAUAGGUUGUUGCUGAAGCUCACCGCCUGUUUAUUUUAAGGCAUCAACUGGAGUGAUGUCACAGUCACGUGAUCUGUAAAUAUGCUACUAUUUAAACUGCUCAGCAAAGGGACGUCGUUCACUGUAACCAGCCCCCUAAAAGAAUACCCUUCCUGAUGUCCUAUGUAGCUUGGUUCACGCUUAGCAAUGCUGUGUCAAAUGUAUGUGAAGAGAAUUGACGUUAAAUGUUUAUCAUAUAUUUAAGCAAUGUCGUGUGAGAUUUUAUAUUUCCUUGCACUUAAUGUAUGUGUUCCUCUGAGCAAGGUGGUACUGAAUGUUGUGUUUGUCGCCGUUUGUGGCAAGUGUAUUUAUAUUGUUGUCUCUAUGUGCCUGUUCUUCUGUUGCAUAUACACGAUGACCAAAAAAAAGAGCCUGUACUGUAAAUACUUGUAGAUACUGGAGACACAAGUAAGAGGUCUGCGCUGUGAUUUGAGGUGGACGAAUAUGGCAUGAAUGGAUUGAAACAAAAUCCGUUUUUUCAGCCUGUGAAGAUAAUUUGCACGAUGUUUCAUUGGCAUUAAACCCACUUGUAAACUAGCAAGUCUUGAAUCCCAGGCAGACUAUUACACUCGGUACUGCCAUUGUAGAAGAUACAGUUUUAAGCCUCACCUGAGCACACGGAACACUGUUGUAGGGUGUAUGUCUAUUAA